CGCGAAGGUGUGGAGGAAUGAAGUAAUGGUAAAGCACUCGCAGUAAAUGAGCGAGGGCAGCAGGCUUCGAUCAUAGGGACGACCUGUUUAGCUUCGGGGAGUGUGUCGGAGCAUUGGUUUCUUCUGGAAGGCAAUUGGAGCCAGAGAACUUGUUUUCUCGAGACUUUUGGUGCCAAGAAUUUGAAGAAGGCGUUGGUCCUCUUAGACGCGAGAAAUGUAUUUGGUUGUCUCGUGCAGGAUGUGAGAGGAGCAGUGAGGGCAGAGCGGAGGCACAAGGUUGAAGAGGCGAGAGGACAGAUAUCUCGUCGAGGUGUAACAGGGAAUAGGAUUUAGGAAAGCUGCAGGGAGUAUCUUCUGUGUAGGGCUUGGGAGCGAGGGGCGAAGGAAACGAGUUUUGCUUGCAAGCACCGCGAAGAUAAAAGGGCGGGUGCGAGGAGACCGAAUUUUUCUGGUUUGUGAGGAUAUAUUAAGGUUGGAUGAAGACAGCUGUAGGUCUAGAGUAAUAUUCAAAUGGAGGGCCUCAUGCGGAACUGAUUAAGCGAAAUAGUGUUGUGUGUGCGUAGUUCGCAAGCGUGCAUGACCUGACGAUGAUCUAGAAGAACAGUGAACCUAAAGUUUCUGUACUCUGCGGUCAGUUUUAGUGCGCGUAAGAGGAGUUUAAAGAAUAUAUAUAUAUAUAUAUAUAUAUGUAUGAAUACAGAUUGUGCAGAGAAAAAAAAGGUGCUGAGCGAUUGUUCUAUGAGAAGUAGAAAGAGCAUAGGCUAAGUUCUGGCGGUGUUUCUUUUGAUUCCGCAGUAAUCUGGUCUACGUUGCUAUCCACCAAAAACCAGGAAAGUCUAAGUCACUGCGCAAGCUGAGGUGGAGUUCAAGCGAUAUUACGACAGACCUCACAUAGUUGACGUAGUUCUAAACUGGAGUAGAAAAUACCUGUUCUCGAAAGAGGAAGAAAUUUCCUGAUCGUAGAGAAGCGGAGGAGGUUUAUUAGAAUUGAAGCAGAAAUGCUUUGCGGGAUGGAGGAAUUGGUUCGUUAGGGAGCAAGAGUCAGUGAUUAGUUUCCGAACCCAUGGACGAUGAUGGCGAGGAGACUGAUCUUGCAUAAAUUUCUGCAAGGGCAACGGAAGAUGUCUAUGCGCGCAUUUGAAAGUUUGAACGGAGUGCGAGCUUGGAAAAGAUACUGACAGGGCGAUGGAUAUAUUCAUUUGAAAGAAGGGAUAUAGGGGGUAAUAAAGGUCUAGGAGUUGGAUUCCCUGCAUUCACUAGAUCUCAGAAGGCAGCCAACUAUUUAACCUACAGAAGCUAUCUUUGCAAAGCACUUCAGGGGUUAUUAUUGGAUUUUACAGGUUUGUAAUUAGGGGGAGAAAUUGGGCUGAAAAGGUGUUUCGAAAGCAAGGCGAAAUGAAUCUCUCCAGAACUCUUUUUGGGAUGUCGCCCCCCCACAUCCAGCCGCUGACUCCAGUGUCUGAGGUUUCAGAACCACCAGAGUCGCCUUCCCCGUACCCGUAUUUGGAUGGCAUUCUUGAGGCUCGGGAGCAGGUGGAAUCUCUUUCAGUGGACGACGAGCAGGAGGCGGAGGAUGAACCUCCUCCAUCAGUUCCAUUCUUUAGGCUUUUUGUUUACGCGGACCCGCUUGACUGGACUCUUAUGAUAUUGGGAAGUGUUGCGGCUGCAGUUCACGGAGCUGCACUGCCAGCUUACUUGUUCAUCUUGGGGAAAAUAAUUAGCUUGUUUGGGGAAUAUCAGCGCGAUCUUGAUGCAAGCCUUGGGUCACAGCUUUCUCCUGGUGUCUUUCAGACCCUAGGUGACGAAAUUUUGAGGCAUACACUGUACAUUGUUUAUAUUGCUGCAGCAGUGCUUGUGGCAAGUUGGAUGGAGGUGGCGUGCUGGCUGUACACAGGGGAGAGACAAACAUCAGAAAUUCGAUCCAAAGGUGUACAGAACCUAUUGAAGCAAGAUUUGGUGUUUUUUGAUAAUAUGGCAGGGAAUGGAGCCUACGUGAGCCAAAUUUCAAAUGACAUUCUUUCUGUACAUUCUGCCCUUAGUGAGAAGAUUGGCAAUUAUAUCCAUAACAUGGCAACAUGUGUAGCUAGUGUUAUAGUUGGAUUCGUCAGCUGUUGGCAGAUUUCCCUGCUAACAGUAGCCACUGGGCCUUUUAUAGUAGCUGCUGGUGUUGUAUCGAACAUUGCUCUUACUCGGCUCGCAGAGCAUGUACAUGAUUCCUAUUCGGAGGCGGCAAGUAUUGCUGAACAGGCACUCUUGCACAUUCGGACAGUUUACGCGUUUGCCAAUGAGACAGUUGUGAAGUAUGCAUAUGCAAAUGCAUUGCAGCCUACAUUGCAAUAUGGAGUGCAGAUUAGCUUAGUCCAAGGCCUUGGACUCGGUUUUAUCUAUGGAAUUGCUAUUUGUUCAUGUGCAUUGCAACUGUGGGUGGGACAUUAUCUCAUUGCGAAUGGAAAAGAUGGUGGCGAAAUAUUUGUGGCUCUAUUUGCCAUCAUACUAAGUGGAAUAGGUUUGAAUCAGUCGGCUACAAAUUACCAGGUCUUUGAGCAGGGUCAGAUAGCUGCACACAGGCUCUUUGCAGCAUUCAUUUCAAAUCCCACGGCAAGUGGUAGUGAAACUGAGGGAGAACUCACACUUGAUGUUGUACAAGGAAAUAUCGAACUUCGUAAUGUUUAUUUCAGCUAUCCAUCACGGCCAGAUGUACCUGUACUUAGUGGGCUUUAUCUUUCUCUUCCGGCACGGAAGACGCUGGCACUAGCAGGCAGCAAUGGAUCUGGAAAGAGCAGCAUUAUUGCCCUUAUCGAGCGGUUCUAUGAUCCUACCCUGGGUGAGGUACUUCUCGAUGGAGAAAACAUAAAAAAACUUAAGGUGGAAUGGGUUAGAAGUCAAAUAGGAUUGGUGAGUCAAGAACCCGCACUGUUCAAGGGUACUAUCAAGGAGAAUAUUUGCUAUGGUCGUGAAGCUAGCGAAGAUGAAAUUGAAGAGGCUGCUAAAAUUGCACAUGCACAUACGUUCAUUAGCUCCCUUUCAGAAGGUUACGAAUCACAGGUGGGUGACAGCAGAGUCAAGCUCACAGAAGAAAGAAAAGUGAAAAUAGCAAUCGCUAGAGCGGUCCUCAAGAAUCCUCGAAUUCUCCUGCUUGAUGAAGCAACAGGCACCUUAGAUGCGGAGGCUGCGCAGAGUGUACAAAACGCUCUUGAUAUUUUGAUGAUGGGUAGAUCUUCCAUAGUAAUAGCACAUCGUCUCUCGAGUAUCCGUAAUGCUGAUGUGAUUGCUGUCCUCGAUGAAGGACAGCUCGUGGAAAUGGGAACUCAUGAUGAAUUGAUGAGUCUGGAUGGCGCUUACAUUGAUCUGAUUCGACUGCAGGAAACUGCGAAACAGCCUAGGAGAGCUCCUCCAAAGCUGUUUGUUCCCCCUCCACCACAAGACUGUAUAUCGCCGAACUAUAGCAAGCCACCAUCUCCACGCAUGGUGAAAUCACCGUCCCUCAAGCGACAACACUGUGUCCGAGACCGACCCGAUUUCAUUGCAGCGAUUAAUUCACCACCCUCUACUUUAACCCCCCCUCCUGUGCAAAUUUCUAAAGAGAAUGGUAAUAAUAAUAUCGAGAUGCAAAGUUUGAAGCCUGAACAAGCUGCCAAGAGACAAGAUAGCUUCGAUAACGUGUACAGUGAGUCUCUUUCGCAGAUCAAUCUGCAGCGGCAGACUUCUAACUCCUCUCGUCCAGAGUCUCCUGUAUCUCCUCUCUUAACUGACCCAGAAGAUGAACGGUCUCAUUCCAAGACGUUUAGUAGAUCACCUUCUCAGUGUAAGGAGUACCAAACUAAUGAGGAUGAAUCUACAGGCGCAAGCGUACCCUCACUUUGGAAACUCGCCAAACUGAGUUCACCGGAGUGGUUUUGUGCUUUCUUAGGAAGUUUGGGAGCAAUCCUUUUUGGGUCUCUCAAUCCCCUCUUUGCAUUUUUGUUGGUUCAAAUCGCUGAGGUUUACUACUACUCGAGCCAAACUAAGUUGCGUGAAGAUUUGAGUAAAUGGUGUUCAAUACUUGUUGGGUUGGCACUGGCAACCGUUUUGGCGAAUUUUCUGCAGCACUUUUAUUUCGGAAUUAUGGGAGAAAAGAUGACCGAACGUGUCCGUCGGCUGAUGUUCUCAGCUAUGUUACGUAACGACGUGGGCUGGUUUGAUAAGGAAGAGAACUCUCCAGAGGUGUUGUCUAUACGAUUAGGACAUGAUGCUGCCUACGUGAAGGCCACUUUCAGCAACCGUCUGUCAGUCUUCAUGCAAGACAUUGCUGCUGUCUUCGUUGCACUUGCUCUUGCAUUGGGUCUAGAGUGGCGGUUCGGACUUGUUGCAUUGGCAACAAUACCACUCCUUGUUUUUGCAUCAAUUACGCAGCAAAUGUGGAAUUCAGGGUUUUCUGGAGAUGUGAGGGACGCUCACAAAGAUGCUCGACAUAUCUUGGAGGAAGCAGUUGCCAAUAUGCACACUGUCAUGUCAUUCUCCGGUGGUAUGAAGAUUCUUGGGCUCUUUCACGACGAGCUGAAGACACCUCUACGAAGAAGCCUAAUAAGAGGCCAAAUAUAUGGAUGUCUGUAUGGUGCAGCUCAGUUUUUCCUUUUUGCUUGCAGUGCGCUCGUCCUUUAUUAUUGUUCUGUACUCAUCAAAGGACAGGAGGUCUCCGACUUUCGAGAUUUACUGAAAGCGUUUCUGGUAUUUACCUUCACAACCUUUAUUCUGGUGGAGGCAUUUGGGUUAGGCCCUGUUAUAAUGAGGCGGCGAAAAUCGGUUGCACCAGUCUUUAGUAUCCUAGAACGGAGCUCUACAAUGGGAACUGAUGAAGAGGGUUUGAAACCGCCCUUCAUAGCUGGCCGUAUUGAGUUUCGCCAUGUGGAGUUUAGAUAUCCAGUUCGCUCAGAGGUACCCAUUUUGACAAAUUUCAACUUGAAAGUGGAGGCGGGUCAGACCGUUGCAAUUGUGGGGACCGCGGGGUCUGGUAAGAGCACUGUUCUUGCUCUCCUGGUAAGAUUCUAUGAGCCCUCAUCUGGGAGGAUAUUGCUUGAUGGAAAUGAUCUGAAGAACUUCAACCUACGAUGGUUACGCAGUCACAUUGGGAUGGUCCCCCAAGAGCCUGUUCUCUUCUCUACAUCAAUUCGCAAUAAUAUUAUUUACGGACGACACAAUGCUACAGAAGCUGAAAUUAAGGAAGCUUCCAGGAUGGCAAAUGCUCAUCAUUUUAUCAGCAGUUUACCACAUGGUUAUGACACUAUAAUUGGGGAGCAGGGGAUACAAUUGACAUCCGGUCAGCGGCUAAGAAUCGCCAUAGCACGGACAGUUUUGAAAAAUGCUCCUCUCCUUCUUAUUGACGAACCGACAUCAUCAUUGGAAGCUGAAUCAAGUAAGGUGGUCAAUGAGGCAAUUGAUCAGCUGAUUGUGGGUAAUCGAACUACGGUUGUGAUAGCCCACAGGUUAGCCAUGCUCCGACGUGUGGACGUAGUUGCAAUGUUGCAUGAUGGAGAGGUUGAUGAUCAAGGUAGCCACGAUGAGUUGAUGAACAAGUGCGGGCUAUAUGCUCGCUUGAUGCAGCCUCAAUUCAGUCGAACUUUACGACAACAUCGUCAUUCGUAGGGCACUUGACGUUCAAGCUGGGCACUAGUCAAGUUAAUGUCAAAAGUGAAGCAAAAGAGGAGCGUAUCCUUGUUCCUGAUCAUCAAGCAAGUGAAGAUGUUCAUGCACAAUAUGAGAUAUCGUUGCAGUUACAAAUCUAUCACAGGUUACUCUGCUUUUGACGUCGUUUAAUGGGAGCAUUAGAAAUCUCGUCCAUUUUUGAAAUUAGUUGACUAUUUAUGCGUUUCGUAACAGAUCACCUCCUUGGUGGACUUCACUCAGCCACACUUGUCGAGUGAUUUGCUAAUGCAUACAAUGUGACUGCAAAUAAAGGUUAUCUGUCUGCAUGCAGCUUAGAGGAGGUCUUCAAUUGGGAUCUGGUACUGUUACCUGUACCCGCUUAAAAUCUAAGAACAUUCCCAAGUUUACCGGAGUUCAAAGAUAGUGGACCUGCAACGGUCGUGGAAUCCCAACAUGACUAUGUACUUGUGAUCGGCAUUGGAGGAAGAAAUUGUAAUUAGACCUCAUCAGCCGGGACUACACAAGGACACGCUUCGCCAACGAAGUGGAGGAGACACAACACUGGAUGACGAGCCAAACUUGUUUAAGAGGAAAUGAUUCAUCAUGCGAUCUUAUGCACGCACUCUGUUCUCCAAUUAUGCUUCUCGAUGGAGCACUUUUACUCCAUGGAGUUGGUAUUGUUUAAUUGGACGUAGCUUGAGGCUGACGGUUGACUACAGAAUCAUGAAGUUUACUCCUCAGCUGUAUGCUAAGAAGACAUCAGGAUUGCUGGUGUUCCUUAUUAGAGUGUUCACUCGAAGAUUUCGAGCUUUUCAAAUUGCAACUUGGAAGUGCUGAUUUCUUUGUAUGUUCUUGUCGAACUAGCCCUGUAUGUAAUUGUAGAAAUUGUCAAGGGGGAGGUAUUAGCGAAUUUUUUAGCUAAAACGUUUAGUAUCAUCAACGUGAGAAUGUCAUAAUGGAGAUACCACAUUUGGAUUCCAUAUUCAUACUCGAGGCUUAUUUUUCUACAUGGUAGAACCACCUAGAGCCACUUAGAGCCGAGAAACUAUAGUGAGGACAACCACAUAGAAGUGAGAACAACCACAUAGAAGUCCUAUUACUGGUCUAUCCCCUGGCGGGGAUACCAAAGAUUGUCACCAUUGUAACAGUAGCUUUAAUCGAAGCACUUGUAUUCAUUUGGUGCAGUGCUCUAGAGUUUUCUUACUCAGGGCAUGGUCAGUUUGAA